AUGACUACUUUAUUUCAAAUAACGUGCCUUCUACUUCUCUUAAGUGUGAGUUAUGGUUGGAGGUUUUCAUCGUUUAUUGACGAAUCUUUUCCAUCUACAUAUUUUAAUGAUCAUUUUGAUAAUCAUUCAUCAUCGUCAUCAACAUAUUAUGGUUUUAGUAAAAUGAUGAUAACAAUGCUUCAACAUUUUCAACAAAUGUCCAAUUUAUCAUUAUCAUUAGCUAAAUCUAAUGCUGCUGAUUUAAUGGAAGCUAAAAAGAAAUUAGACAAUGUUUCACCUGUCUGUACAACAACAAUAAAUUUACCAUCAACAAGAUCAAUAAAAAACAAUAGAAGAAAAUCUCUCCGUACUACACAAACAACAACAUGUGUUAAGGAAUUAAUUAUUGAUGGAGAAAAGCAAAUAUAUAAGGAAAUAACAGUUACUGAUGAUAAAGGUAUAGUGAUCUCACAAAUCAACAGUUAUGAAUCGAUUUCAAUCAACGCAACUAACGAUACUACAUCUUUAUAUAUACACGAAUAA